UGUUUUGCUGUUGAAGGUGGAUUUAAGGUGGACUUCAGCAGCAGUGGCACCAGCAAAGCCUCUCCACGGGACAGUGCGCAGUUCACCAAAACAGCAUUCGCGAUUAACGAGUCCACAGCAGCUUGUAAAUACACUAUUAUAUAUCUGACAUUUUUCCCACCAUGCCUUCAGAAAAGACCUUCAAGCAAAGAAGGACAUUUGAGCAGCGAGUGGAUGAUGUCAGACAGAUCAGGGAGCAACACCCCAAUAAGAUCCCGGUGAUCAUCGAGCGGUAUAAGGGCGAGAAGCAGCUGCCUAUCCUGGACAAGACCAAGUUCCUGGUACCCGAUCACGUCAACAUGAGCGAACUCAUCAAGAUCAUCAGGAGGCGUCUGCAGCUGAACUCCAACCAGGCCUUCUUCCUGCUGGUGAACGGCCACAGCAUGGUGUCCGUGAGCACGGCCAUCUCGGAGGUGUAUGAGCGCGAGAGGGACGACGACGGCUUCCUCUACAUGGUGUAUGCUUCCCAGGAGACCUUUGGAGCCCCUCAACCUCUCCCACGCUAGACCCACACUCUUUCCAGAGUCUCUCUACGUCAGGACACACACGCACACACGCACAUACACACUUCACACACACAGUAUGACUGUCUCCACCUUAUAUCCAUAUCCCAUAAUGCUACGCUAACUCAUCCCCUCCCACCACCCCAACAAACAAACAAACAAAAAAUCCCCAGAAUCCUAUUUUAGGAUGAGUAACCCCCUCCCCCUAACUUCUGGUAGUAUAGCAAAGCCAGAUCGUCACCCCACCGACCUCAACCCCUAUCCUCCAUACUGUAUAAACUUUCCUGCACCACCCGACAUCCAUACACUGCUUCAGGCUAAUGCUCCUAUGAAACUGCCUCUCUCUCCCUGCCGUAGUCGAUAUCAUAGCUCCCGUGUAGGGGAGACAGCAUUUACUGCCUCCCCCAGCCACUCUCCCUUGAACUUGUCAGUAGGUGAGCUGACCAAUGACGUGCGAGUGAUCAUGAUGAUGUGACGGGUGGGUGUUGCUUGCCCACUGUGGAAAAGUGACUGGACUUAAAGAGGUCAAAUAUCUGUUUUCUACCUAAGGUUUGUUUGUGUGUGUGUGUGUGGUUGUGCGUUAGCACGUUAGCUGGAUCAGCUGUGUCGGAGGAGUGGUGCUUAGCUUAGCUACUGAAGCAGAUGUUUUGACUUUGAUCUAUUUGAUUGACUGAAGCCACGUCCAAUCAGCCAUUAAGUCUUAGUAAAGCAAGCUAUUCAGCAUGACCAAUCAGCUGUCAGCCAGAGUCCUCACCUCACCUCCGUGGCUGACUGUACUGUUAACUAACUAGGCUAACGAAAAGACCAGUGCGCAAAACGUGCUGAUGCCAUGCCAAUCUGCUCUGCUUUGGCCCUGCUUGGAAAAUAAACCCCACCCCAACCUGCAAUUACCACUCAUGCUUUAAAGAAAAGGAGGGUGACUUGAGCAUUUUUGCCAUGGCUUAUUUUAGUUUUAGUAAAGAAAAUAAACAUUUAUAUUACACACAUACAAAGAUUUACAUGGUCCUUGAGGUCCCUAUGCGGCUCUUGGUGGUCCCCCAUGUUGUUAAGUCAGGUUGUGGAAUUUUCCGGAGGUUUUUGAGGGGUUUCCCCCCCAUAGCUCCCCACAGUUUCCUCCUCCGAACUCCAUUAUCUUACAAUAACUUCCUGCCUUGUACAGUUCCCCCAAGAGUGUUCCUCACCGAAGCUAGUCAAUGAGGAAUGCUCAGGUUUCUUACCGAUAAAAGAUUUUAAAAAAUAAAUAAAAAUAGGCAAAAGCUAUGCUCUUUCAUGCCUGCUCAGAUUGUAGUGAAAUGCUUUUUAAAAUGUAAAUGCAGACAGCGCAAGAUUGAAGUAUAAGAGAAAAAGAAUAUACAUAAAUUACUGUUGUGUCAGAGGGGUUGAGUGAAAAUGUACAGAUGUGCGCGCAACAAGGCAUGGUUUUUGCAAGGAUGUCGAUAUAGUGAAUGGGGCUGACCUAUACUGUCAUGUCAAUGACUCAUUUUUACCACAGGAGCAUUGCAAACAACAAAGUAGCUAAUGUAGUUAGCAACUAUGGUUUCGAGAAAUGCACUCUAGAUUUGACUGAAGAACAGUAGAGUCCCAUUUUAAACCUCUCUGAUUUGGCUGCUUUCGGCCCUGUCUCCUCCUUCCUUGGUCUCAUUCGUGAUGGUGCAUGCUGCACAGAUGCAUGCUGAAUGUGAUGUAAUUUCACAGAGCGCUGUUCAAAUCUUGGGGGUGCAUCUCUCGAAACCAUUGUUGCUAACUACGUAUGUUAGCUGCUUUGUUCUUUGCUAUGUAGUGUACCAUUAACAACUACCCAAGUUGCUAACUGGGUAACAACUACGCUUUCGAGAAACGCAUCCCUGAGCAGCGUGUGGCAUCUCGAACAGGACCCUUGUUGUGAUGUUUAGAGACAGGUCAGAGGUCAAAGGUUAGGCCCCUUUGCUUUAGGUUGCACGCUGACUGAGGUGGAGCUUAGAGGGGUCAUCAAGGCUUCGUGCCCCCGUGCCCUCUCCCUCACUCUCACUCUCACUCUCUCUCUGUCUCGCUUCAUCUUUAUCCCUGUCUCUCUUUAUCUAUAAGUAAUUAUAUAAAGAAAAAGAAAAAAACGUUACAAGCAUUUUUACCCGGAAAACAUGUAUCUGCUAUUCAUCUUUUUGUCGUUUUUAUUUAAAUGGUUGUUUAUGUUUUAUGUGUAAAAGAUGAGUCCAUAUAUAGUUGAAAGUUUAGUCUGUAAUGAACAAAGCACAGUCAUUAGGAGAAGGCCAAUUGGUUUUCGGCAAUAUUACGCAAUGUUUUCCUUGUUUUAUUGUUUAUUUUUCUUGUAUUUUUGUUGAUAUUUUAAAAAAUAAAAAAAAUAUUAUACAUA